CAACUAUAUUUUGGUGUAGUGUGUGGGAAUUGUUCACAUGGAAGGCAGUUUGAGGACAGCUACAAGCACCUGUCGACUCACAAGCGCCCCCUGAAGGUGUAAACAGAGUUUGAAGGUGUUUAGGAGAAAGGGGCAAAGUCAGAGGGGAGGCAGGCAGUCUGGCUGUUGUGCAGGAGCUCAGUGGCGCAUGUGUGAGGUCCGUGAGGGCGCGCGACCGCUGGCAUGAGCUCGGACUGCGAGAGUUACCACAGCCGGGAGCGCAUGCUCGUGGAAAGCUUCACGUGCCCGCGAACCGGUGGAGACCCCACGGCUGUCUUCUGCUGCGGCUUCAGCGACCUAAAGUUCUGCUGCGAUGAUCCCCACAGCUUUUUCCCCCACGAGUACGCCUACAUGUGGAGACUCAGUCUCAGAGCUCUCGUGGGUCUCUCCGUGGCAGCUGUGGUUCUUCUUGCAUUCAUCGUCACUCUUUGUGUCCUCUGCUAUCUGUUCAUCACCACCAAACCUAGGGGUCUGGACAACGGAUUGCCUCUCAGAGCGCCAGGUUCCGGCUACAGUCCUCCAGGAGCUGGUCUCAGUCACAGCAGCACCCCGACUGGAGCCCAUGGCCUCAAGAAACACUUUGUUAGGGCCAAGCUGGACUGUGACAACCAGCAGCCUAACCCUGACCCUGACCGGCUUUUCCAGCGCUGCUUCAUGGCUACUGUCACAUCCAUCAAUGUAGAAGGUCCUGCGUAGGUCGGCUUCUCUGCUUACAUGUGUGGAAACUACCUGGUAUACUUUCAUAAUCAUGAUAAAAAUGUGUUAUUUUUGUCUUUGAAAAGAAAACAUGCUGAAGUAAGUUGAAAGGAUGAUGAAAACAGAAAACCCUGUGAAGAUAAAAAUAGUGUUCUUGCUUAAAUUGUUUUAAUCAAUUUGCCAUGCAGCCAAAGCAAAAGUCAAAGCCGAUUCUCAUCAGAUCCACCUCAUGAUCUUUUAUCCAUUCAUGAAGAGUACUCCUAAUAUCAAUUAUCUGAAGCAUCUAAUCCAGACGCUAUUUUUAACAAAGUCCUAACCAAAAACUGAAAAGCUCAAUAGAAGAGGCAAGCUGCAUACAGCCAGGAUCAGCAGGAAAAGAUCACUGUCCUGUCAUCAGUCUACCUUAUUAAUGUCCUAUAUUUACUCUUUCAAAUCAGAUUUAACCAGAGCAACAACUCCUGUGGCUUAUGUGACAAGCCAACCAGACUAUGGAAAUGUAUUAUCCUCCUGGAACGCUGUCUUGCCUUGUGUGACAACAAUUCAGGAGGAAAGACACGCUUUUGAAACUAAAACACAAAGCAAAGAAAACAGAGCAAUCAAUUAGACAAAGUUGCCGUAAAAAAAUUUUUUUUUUUCAUUUGUUCAGUUUUCAUUCUGAUUUUUUUAGAGGGGUUGCAUACCUGCGGUACAGAAGUCAGACGUGACGUUCAGUAAGCAAAACUCAGAUCUCCAACUGUUUUAAUCUGAUAAAGACUUCAACCUGUUCCAUUACUGCCCCGGUAUUCUGUCCACACUGUAUAUUUGUGACUCAUUUAACACUAAGCUUCACCCUCACCUUAAAAAAGGCUGUGGUUGAUGUGAUUUUGCUAAACCCCGGCUGAGGAUUAAUUGCCUUCCAAUCCCCAGUGAAGAACUCAAAGACAAAAAAACCUUCCAAUUUUAUGUGACCAAGUAAUGACAUAAGAAAGGCAGAAUGUAUCGAGUUCUAAAGAGGCACAAGGUGAAUGAUUGCCUGGGAGGCAGGUGAAGGUGAGGGCGGAGCCAAAACAUGACAUUCUUUUAGUCUCAUGGACUGACCUGUUCAGCAAUUUGGCUUUUCCUGUCAUCUCUGCACAUUUUAUUCUUCUGCAUAUGUGUGCAACUUUGCUUUAGGGGCACAGUUUUGUGUUUGUGUUCUAAAACUAAAACAAAAAACAGAAAUAAAUGAAGCUGUGUUCAAAGGA